GAAGAUACCAUAAUCUAAUUUGUUGCGUUCACGUUUGGAGCUUUUCCGAGUUAAAUUCAAAAUGGGUAGAUCUAAAAGUGACAAGAAAACACGACGAAGUAGAUCAAGGUCAAGAGAAAGACAACGAGACCGUUCACGGCAUAGAAAAAGAAGUGUGACGCCAGAGAGCAGUGACAGUGAGGCAGAGAGACGACGACACAAGCAGAAGAAGCACAGGUCCAGGUCUAGGUCCAGAUCCGAGUCUAGGUCUAGGGGCAAGUCAAAAUAUGAAGACAGAGAUCGUCAUCACAGCCAUAAGCACAAAAAGAGAAGAUCUCGCAGUCGGACAAGAUCUCGGUCUCCCAUACGACAACCUGAUAUCAGACCAAAUCCUGCUGUCAAUGAAAAGAUGAAGAAGUCGAUGAUUAAAGCAACGGAGACGAUGGAAGAGAAGAGAGUGAGGAGGAUGAACAAGAAAGAGGUCAAAGACCGGAAGAGGAAGGAGCAGAUGGGAUGGGAUGAAGAAAUGAUGGGCUAUACCAAUGAAGACAAUCCAUUUGGAGAUCCUAAUCUACUGGAUACAUUUGUGUGGGUCAAGAAAAAUGAGAAACUUGGCAUCGCGGAUGUUGAACCUGACCAGAUGAAGAAGAUUGUGAAAAAGAAGCAGAUUGAGAGCAGGCUGGAGCUUCAGAAAGUUAAACAGAGAAGAAUAGAAAGAGAAAAGGAGAGAGAACAGAGAGACAAGGAAAUGGAGGAGUUACAGAGAGCAAGAGAAGCAGACUAUUACAAGGAAUGGGAGAGACAGGAAGACAGUUUCCAUCUGAAUCAAGCUAAACUGAGGUCAAAGGUCAGAAUCAAAGAUGGCAGAGGUAAACCCAUUGAUCUCUUAGGCCAGUACAUCAGUGCUGAGGAUGAUGAAGAUAUCUCUAUAGAGAUGCAAGAACCCUACAAUGUUCUCAAGGGUUUGACCAUGACUGACCUGGAAGAUCUGAUGGAAGACAUCAAGGUGUACGUGGAGCUGGAGCAGGGGAAGAAUGUGGAAUUCUGGAAAGAUAUCACUGUCAUCGCUGAAGAUGAGCUUACUAAACUCAAGAAGAUUACUCCCGAAGGACAGGAGGUUUCUGACCGACGAGAAGGCAUCAAUUCAUCGGUCAGUUCUGAAGUAGCCACUGUGUUCAAGAACAAGACUCACAUCCAGCUCCUAGCCCUCAAGGCUCAGAUCGUCCAGAGGAUACAGAGCGGCGAUGCUGUCGACAUCGGGUACUGGGAGUCGUUACAGCAGCAGUUAGAUGCUCACAUGGCCAGAGCUAGACUGAGAGAACUGCAUCAAGAGAAGCUCAGAAGUAAAUUAGCAGCUCUCCGACAACAGCAAGGGGUAGAGACCGCACCCCUGUUCCCUUCGGCUGGGUCCACAUCAGCAGACUGGGACCCCACCCAAGCUGGACAGAACCCACCCGCAGAGGGCGCUGAGAUAGACAUACCCUCUCAGGACGAGGAGGAGGAUGAGGAUGAGGAUCAGACCAAGGAAGACGAAGAUAAACCUGGCUCAUCGGAAGCUCUAGAGGGCGCUGUUGGAGGUGAAGAAGAAGGAGCUGUUGGUGGAGCAAAGGGGGAGGAAGAACCAGAGUCGAUCUUGACAGAGGAGGAUCUUGAAGAAGAGAACUAUGUGGAGUAUGUCCAAGGGAACUACAGUCCAAGGCUCCUGGAGCAGAAAGACCUCUCCAUUGAAGUCUUUGUACAGGAUCCUGAAGAGGAUUAUCUCAAGCUUGAGACAGCUAGGAAACAUCUCAUCAGUACAGGAUCAGCUGAGACUGAUGCAGAGACAGAAUUCAUCAAGAAAGCCAAGCGAGAGAUGGGUAAAGAUGAAUCGUCCUUUGCCGUCGAGGUCAACUUGCAACAGAAGCCUUACAUGUGGUCCGACAAGUACAGACCUCGUAAACCACGCUUCUUCAAUCGUGUACACACUGGCUUUGAGUGGAACAAGUACAACCAGACUCAUUAUGACAUGGAUAACCCUCCUCCAAAGAUUGUACAAGGAUACAAGUUCAAUAUCUUCUUUCCUGAUCUAAUUGACAAGAGAAAGACCCCGGAGUACACCUUAACACCGAUCCCUCUAACUCCAGAGUUUGCUAUCCUAACAUUCUGUGCUGGGCCACCCUAUGAGGAUAUUGCCUUCAAGAUAGUGAAUCGUGAAUGGGAGUACUCUCAUCGCCAUGGUUUCAGAUGUCAGUUUAGUAACAGCAUCUUCCAGUUGUGGUUCCGCUUCAAGAGAUACAGAUACAGGAGAUGAUCACUUCAGCUCAAGCCGUUUACCAUAGAAGAUGAAGACUUGAACUCUAGCUGUUUCACAUAUGUCACAUUGGAUUUGACAAUGCUUAUGAUACACACAUAUAGCUGGGAUUGAGUAACCUCAAACUAGACCUCUGUGAAAUAGGCCACUUCCUUAUAUAGUGCUACGACUACUUACAGAAUUGUGAUGGAGACUACACUUGUGUCGACUUAUUCUGCUGUGGUGAAUUUAUUUUUCAUUGAUGUGUCGUUGUUGGUUCAUUCACUUGAUUCUAAUUUCAAGGAUUGAGGAUUCAAAACCCAGCCCGGAACUAGUAUCCUUUGGAAGACAUUAAUCCAAAUUUGCCACCCUCCACCCAGGUGUUAAGUGGAUACCUGGUAGGAUGCGAAAGUCGUAGUUUGCUAGCAACUUGAGUGUCUGUAAAAUGGCACCUGGCGGGAAAGCUCCCAAGAAAAUGGAGAAUAUUCAUACAUUUAUGCGGGCAAGCCUGAAUUCGAUGACUAGAAAGACCUACUAAAAUUUAGGAGUUAAUAGUCCAUGGGUAGUAUUCGGAGCAUGAUUUUAUCUCUAAAGCAUUUUGUUUUAUCUUUUUAAAAUAUUCAGCAUUUUGAGACCACAUUUUAUCUCAGAUUUUAUCUUUCAUGUUAUCUCGACCUCUUCUCCAUUCUCAUUAGUUAGGCCUAAAUGCAUGACACAUGCAGCUUUAACGCUAAUUACCAUCUUCCUUUACGUGAAAGAUAAAAUAAGUGUUAAAAUAGUCAAAAGGGCUAUUUUAUCGGAAUCACGGUAAGAGCGACAUCAAUUUUAAAGUAUGCAGGUAGUUAUGUGAUCAAAAUAAACAAUAACGAAUAAGUACAGACUAUAUUUCGCAAGGAACAUUUUUGUAGGGUUAUCGGGUUGUAUUUCAAGAUUUUUUCUGACUAAUAUCAUACUUCAAAUGAUACUUCCAAUGGUGUUCAAAAGCCUUUGAAACUACCUCAGAAAAUUUGUAAGGAAAUCCUAGCAAAAGCGUGUUUGCGCUUGCAUGCAUGGUAAAAAUUAUAGAAAAUAAAGCAUUUGUGCUCUCUUGCCCAAGAGACUGGCUGAACAGGACUCUAUUGGCUGUACAUAAAGAGAGUGAAAAUCAGCAUUUCUUAUCAGAUAUCAGAUAUCUGAGAUAAAAAUGAAUCUAAGAAUACAACCCAAUGUAAAUUAAUUUCUGAAUUGUCUAAAAGUCAAUUUGCCUGACGUUUGUCAUUUUAAUUGAUAGAAAGUUACAAUUUUUUUAGAGUGCUAUUCCAGUAGAGGCACUGAAUUAAUUCAUACAUGUAGCAUACCUCUAUGGAGUUUUCAUGAAUGGCUGUUUGAGGACUUGUUCACCCCAGAAAGAUAAACAAGGUCACAUUCAUUUUUUCCUUUGGUAUUAUGGUUGUUUUCUUCACCGAUAACCUUGUUUUUAACCGUUUUUUUUAUUAUGUAAAAUAUGCCCCGGGAAACAUUUUAAAAGACCUCAUUUAUGCUAGUUUUCUCUUCAGCAGUUCAAACCCUUCCUUUCAUUGCAAUACUUUUCUUUGACAUAUAAAUAGACUUCAUCAUUUGCUCUCCUCACUAUCAAUCUCAGGCUCAUUCAUAGAUAAGGCGCGGCAAAACCGCUGCAUUUUGUAUGUUCCAAAGUGUAAUACGCUACACAUUUUCAAAUCUUUUCACAGGGCUCAGUGACUACGUGCAAGUCCUUUGUUGCGUGCAGUUGCCAUUAAUGUUAUACCUAAGAAAACGCAGCAGCCUUUUUUGCAGCGGUUUACCAUGACAUACUUGAACAAGCCUUUACUAUAUUGACGCCCUACCGCCACUCUCCCAUGUCAUCUCUCUUUCUUCCUUUCAUAAUUCUCCUCAUAAUGACCUUCAUUCUUCUCUUACAAUGUAUUUGAGUCAAUCAUGAAGUCAUAAAUAAUGCAUGAUCAUCAUAGUUUUUACAUCUUGUGAUGGCUGUUAAAGAUAAAGGUGAGUUCUGGUAAAAAAAAAAAGAAAAUGAAUUCUCACAGAAUCAAAUGAAACUUA